AUGACUUGUCAAGCCAGAACAUCAUACACAGAAGAUGAAGUUCUCUGGGGCCAUCGUUUUUACCCUGUUAUUUCCUUAGAAGAAGGAUUUUUCAAAGUAGACUACUCCCAAUUCCAUGCAACCUUUGAAGUUCCCACUCCACCUUACAGUGUGAAAGAACAGGAAGAAAUGCUGCUUAUGUCCUCCCCUUUAAUAGCACCAGCUGUAGGGAACAGUAAAGAAAGGAAUAAUUCUAUAGAAUGUCUAGAUGGCCUUGAUGACGUUGGUACAAAGCUACCAUCCAAACUACAGAAAAUGACUGGAAGGGAAGACUUUCCUAAAAAACUGUUGAGAAUGAGUUCUACUACUUCAGAAAAAGCCUAUAGCAUGGGGGAUCUUCCUAUGAAACUUCAGCGAAUAAGUUCUGUCCCUGGAAACUCAGAAGAGAAACUGAUAUCUAAGACCACAAAAAUGUUAUCAGACCCUAUGAGCCAAUCUAUGGCAGACUUGCCCCCAAAACUUCAAAAGUUAUCAGGAGAAGGAGGCAGAAUGGAGGGAAACCUUCCCCGAAAGCUGCGAAAAAUGAAUUCUGAUCGAUUUACAUAG